CAUGAUUGCAUUGGCACGCUGUAAGCGGAUGCCACGCACCCCACGCCACAUCCGGGCCAGAGGUUGGAGAAAGUGAAAAAAGAUCUGAAAACGUGAAGAAAACUAUUUUUGAACCUGUAAAAAAAGAAGACGACGAGGAGGACCUGAGCACUGACUGGUUCUCACUGGAAAGGCUGGAGAGGCAGGAGCGCAUUUUAUUGUAAAACCUGGUCCCGGCGAGCAGGAUGGUCUGCGGCGGAUUCGUUUGCACCAAGAACGCACUCAGCGCUCUCAAUAUACUUUAUGUUUUAGUGAGUCUGCUGCUCAUUGGAGUGGCAGCCUGGGGAAAAUGGUUCGGUCUGGUCUCCAGCAUCAGGGUGGUGGCGGGGGUCAUCGGCGUGGGCAUCUUCCUGUUCCUGGUUGCCUUUGUGGGGCUGUGUGGCGCACUGAAGCACCACCAGGUCCUGCUUUUCUUUUACAUGAUGAUCCUGUUCCUAGUGUUCAUCAUGCAGUUUUCUGUGUCCUGUGCUUGUCUGGCCCUGAAUAAAGACCAACAGAACCAUCUGCUGGAGGUUGGGUGGAACAAAUCCGAGGCCACUCAAAGGGACGUGGAGAAAACGCUCAACUGCUGUGGCUUCUCCUACGUGAACUACAAUGGCUCGUGUGCUGCCAGAUGCUUUCACAUCACCCCUUCACCGUCUUGUGACACUUGCUCCAACAUCAUCCAGCAGUAUGCAGGAGAGGUGCUGCAGUUUGUGGGUGGUAUCGGACUCUUCUUCAGUUUUACUGAGAUCCUUGGAGUUUGGCUCGCGCACAGAUACAGAAAUAUCAAAGAUCCUCGAUCAAAUCCCGGAGCCUUUCUAUAACCACUCACAAUUUAAUAAAUCAAAAAACUACAGCGCAGAAUAAUUGUUUUUUUCUCUUAAAUUUGUAAUUCACACUUUGUUCGACAUUUGUAAUAUUUAAAGCCAGACUGUCGCUACAACUGUCCCGACUGCAGGAUAAUCAUAGCAAAAACACACAAGUAGAGAAAAGUCUUAACGAGUCGCGGCUUUUAAAGUUUGCUCACAGCUAACAUUCGCUAAAAUUAAUCACUGUCAGAUCAGUCAUCAAGUCAAGUAAGGCCAAAGCUCCUGAUUGAGUGUACUGAACUGAGUAAAAGUGGGUUUUAUUUCUUAUGAGUGUAACUUUUUGUGCGUAAAAAAAAAAAAAACAAAAGCAAAAGAAAAAAACUACAACCAAAAAAAAACGUCAGCAUUUCCCUUUCAUGUUUGCUGCUUGAUUGCUUUCAUUGAAAUUUUGUGAUUUUGCUGCAGUGAACAUUGUGUUGUUGUUGUUUUUUGUUUUUUUUUUAAAGGGACAAUUUGACAUUUUGGGAAAAACCUUAUUCACUUUAUUGCUGAGAGUUAGAUGAGAAUACUGAUACCACUGUAGUGUCUGUAUGGUGAAUUUGAAGCUGCAGCACAGAAGCUGCUAGCAGCUAGCUAGCAGCAAGGUCACAAAAUCCACCUUCCAGCACCUCUGAAACGUAUUAAUUAAUAUGUUCUAUCUUGUUUCUUAAAUUUGUGCAAGAAUGAAAAUGCAUAAAUGAAAUCUUUGUUAGUUCUACAUGGGCUUAUGUGCUCAUAAGCCCAUUGAAUUUUCUUGAAUUUCCCUCGGGAUCAAUAAAGUAUCUAUCUAUCUAUCAUAAUUUACUGACUUCCUGUCUACAGUGAAGUUUUGAAGGUGCUGGUUGGUGGAUUUUGUUACUUCUGAACAAAGCCAGGCUAAUUGUUUGCCCCCAGUCUUAAUGCUAAGCUAAGCUAACUGGCAGCUGAUGGCAGCCUUUUAUAUCUGCCAUACAGACAUAAGAGGGCUAUCAGUCUUUAGUCAGUCUGUCUCAACAAGAAAGCAAAUGAGUGCAAUUCCCAAAAUUUCAAACUAUUCCUUUCAGCUGAAAGUCGAUACAUUUUCAGUAUCGCCCCUUUAAUUCUAAUCCGUCUCAAAGUGACGGAAGUCGGCGGCAGCUGUGUGUGCACACACACCUUAUGCAAAUAAAGUGCAGGUUUGCACUGUGACGGCUGGCUGACUGUGGCCUACUCACCACUCCCAGACUAAUCUAUUAUUGUUUGUCCACUAUUCAUGGGUGACCACACCACAUAGUGGUUUUGUGUGUGGGAUGUCCUUACAGCAGGAAAGGAUUAAGAUCAAAUAUAAGUUAAAGAGCUUGCUAGUUGGUAGAUAAACUCUUAACAGGGUUUUGUUGUUUUUGUUUCACAUGUAUUUAUUGAUUUUGUUCUCCAUUUAAAAUGCAUCUAAACCUUAUGAAUUCAUAUUAAAUCUUGUUUCGUCAUAUUGUCUGCCAUUAGCCUGAGUUAUCUAAAACAAACAUGGUGAUGGGGAGUACAUGUAUGGAAAAUGUUGUAAUUUGCUUAUCAGACCCGGUGCUGAUAGACAGAGUGUUUUCGCUAACUUGGUGCCACAUGGUGUGUUCACAUUCCUCACCCAAAACAGGACGCCAACCAGGAAGUGCACUUGUUUAAAUUCCUCAGAACGAGCCAACAGUCUCCAGAGGCGGCAGUCCAACCUGUUCACCAAGGUGACUGUGAAUUCAAAUAGCUCAGCUGCUGCACUUCCAACUUGCAAAAUAAAGUCAUUGUGUGCUCA